GGCGGAAGAGCCAGGGAAGCAGCAGCAGCAACAGCGGCGGCGGUAGCGGCAGCAGCAGUAGUCCUCUCUCCCUGGCUGCUCCAGGCAACGGCGCGGCAAGAGCCUCUCCCCGCCCGUCUGCUAGCGCUUCGGUAGAAGGAGCCACAGCUCCUCGCCGUUCUCGGGCUGCGCGUGGCGCCCCGCAGGAGGGAGGGGGCGGGCUGCGCUUGGCCACGGCGUGCCCGGCACGCGCAAAAGGAGCCGCUCUGCCGCCAGUGCCGCCUGGAUGUCAGAGGCUCCUCGCGAGCCGGCGGCCAAAGGUGCUCCGCAGCAGCAGCUGGAGGGAAGAGGACGACGACGAGGAGGAGGAGGAGGAGGACGAGGAGAAGAAGGCGGCAAGAUAGGAGACGACCCCGCGCACGGAGCUGGGACGCCGCAGCCGGCUCGCCCCGGCCAUGGCCUCCAACUUUAACGACAUAGUCAAGCAAGGCUAUGUGAAAAUCCGCAGCAGGAAGCUCGGGAUUUUCAGAAGGUGUUGGUUGGUUUUCAAGAAAGCCUCAAGUAAAGGACCUAGAAGGCUAGAAAAAUUUCCAGAUGAAAAGGCAGCAUAUUUCAGAAAUUUUCACAAGGUAACUGAGCUGCACAACAUCAAAAACAUAACCAGACUGCCUCGAGAGACAAAGAAGCAUGCAGUGGCAAUUAUCUUCCAUGAUGAGACAUCAAAGACAUUUGCCUGUGAGUCAGAGCUUGAGGCAGAAGAAUGGUGCAAACAUCUUUGUAUAGAAUGUUUAGGAACCAGGCUUAAUGAUAUAAGUCUUGGUGAGCCUGAUCUACUUGCUGCUGGAGUACAGAGAGAACAAAAUGAGCGCUUCAAUGUUUACCUAAUGCCUACACCAAAUUUAGAUAUCUAUGGAGAAUGUACAAUGCAGAUUACUCAUGAAAACAUCUAUCUCUGGGAUAUACACAAUGCUAAGGUGAAGCUGGUGAUGUGGCCUCUCAGUUCUCUGAGAAGAUAUGGGCGGGACUCAACAUGGUUCACUUUUGAAUCUGGAAGGAUGUGCGACACAGGAGAAGGGCUGUUCACCUUUCAGACAAGAGAAGGCGAGAUGAUCUAUCAGAAAGUCCAUUCUGCAACGCUGGCAAUAGCUGAACAACAUGAAAGAUUGAUGAUGGAGAUGGAACAAAAAGCACGGCUCCAGACCAGUUUGACUGAACCUAUGACAUUGCCCAAGUCAAUCUCGCUUCCUCGUAGCGCAUACUGGCAUCACAUCACUCGGCAGAACAGCGUGGGAGAAAUCUACAGUUUACAAGGCAAACCUUACCAUGAUUCACGGACAAGCGUGAGAGAACACCACUCCCUCUGCAUUAUUUUGCCUGGCCUGAACAGUGAAAAAUAUAUUUAAUACUUUUCUUCUUAACGUUAAGUCAUGAUCCAGAAAAUUUAAGCAUUUUUUUUUUAGUUCCAUGGAUUUCAGUGAGUGAGCAACAGCACAGUCCUUUGCAUGUCUACGCAUGAUUUCGAAUGGGCUUACUCCAGGGUUAGCUGGCAUAGAAUUGUAUUUUUCUUCUUGUAUACAUUAGAUAAGAGAAGAUAUAGCAUAGACUUCCCACUUAAAAAGUAACCUACCAGAAUGCACUUUGGUUUUACAUACCUUCCUAGUUUCAGUAACCAGGUAAUAAUAAAUGGCUCCAGGAACUGUAUU